UUCAACAGAUCUGUUUUUCUUCCAGCCGAGCCGUCCCUUCUUGCAGCGGUCCCCUGGACGGCGCCUUUUCUUUCCGCCAUGGCACGUCCUCUCAGAGGCGCCUCUGGCGCCAUGGCGCUUUUGCUAGCGCUGCUGGUCUUCUCCAGAUCUCUUCUGAACUUCGCUGCGCCCAGCAGGCGUGUGGAGCAGAAAGCAGCAGGAACGGCGGUGAUGGAGCGCGUUGCGGUGCAGCUACCUGCGGCGCUGGAGGAGAUCGAAGAACCCUUGGCCCUCGCAGCGGCCGGGCGCUACGAAGCCGUGGAGCUAGAGGUACCUUCGAUUUCCCCCCGGCCGAUCAGCACCUCCUUCAUCGCGUGCAACAGCGAUGUUUCCGCGUCCACUGGGCGGCCUCCUUUGGUAUUGCUCCACGGCUUUGAUAGCUCUGCCCUGGAGUUCCGAAGGCUCUUGCCCGCAAUGGAUGAAGCUGGCAUCGAGGUCUACUUCUUGGACCUCUUAGGGUGGGGCUUUGGAGGGAAGGAGGAGGUCACCGACUUCUCGCCCGAGGCGAAGCGUGAACACCUCUUUGCUUUCUGGUCCCAACACUUGCGUGGACGGCCCAUGGUCCUGGGCGGCGCUUCGCUGGGCGGAGGCAUCGCCAUGGACUUUGCCGUGGCGCAUCCGCAGGCAGUGGAGAAGAUGGUGCUCAUCAACGCCCAAGGCUUCAUCGAUGGAGCACCCAAGGUGGGGCCUUUGGGCUUCCUGGGCAUCAAAGUGUUGGGCUCCUGGCCUUUGCGAUGGAUGGCCAACCAGAUGGCCUACUUCGACAAGGAGCGCUACGCCACAGAGGACGCGGUGCGUGUGGGGCGGCUGCACGUGGAAACCGACGGCUGGGAAGAGGCGAGCUUGGACUACCUCAACUCAGGGGGCUACACCUUGUCUCCCUUGGUGUCGCAGGUCGCUGCGCCGACACUCAUGAUUUGGGGCGAGAAUGAUGAAAUCUUGGACGUUCAAGAGCAAGUGCCACGUUUCCAAGAAGAACUUCGAUGCCCCGUUCAGCUACAGUGGAUCAAGGACAGUGGCCACGUGCCACACCUGGAGAAGCCGGCGGAGACCGCCAAGGCCAUCCAGGUCUUCCUCGACUCCAAGCAGUGAUGGCAGUAGCUGGCUGCGUCCAUUGGAUCGGAGAUGUCUCCUCGUUGCAAAAGGGGGGAGAGCUGUGGAACGUUGGACAGCGACCAUCUCCACAUCCUGGGGAUCUGCUCCUUGAGCAAGGUGGACUGCACAGACAAGAUGUCCAACAAUAAGUUUCCUCUAUAUCAGGAACCUUGGUUGGUUUCCUA